CUCAUUCCUAUUACCGGUAUACAUACUUUAUACCACGCCAUUUUAUCUGUAACCAAUUGAAAAUUUUCCCAAUAUCAAAAUAUUUUUUUAAAACUUAAGAAAAGCAGUGUCUUUAAAGGAAAUUCCGACAAAUUCAAUGUCUGAUUAUCGUUCUCAAUCCCGGGAUGGUCACCGUGAUAGUGGUCGUGGGGGUGGUGGCCGAGAUUACUCCAGUGAUGAUGAUCCACCCAUGUCGCGUCUUUUCAUAAUUUGUAAUAAAGCUCAUACAGAAGAAGAUUUUCGUGACGCAUUUUCACCCUAUGGAGAGAUCGAAGACAUUUGGGUCGUGAAGGAUAAAAAUUCCGGCGAAAACAAAGGAAUAGCGUAUGUAAAAUUUGCAAGAACUUCAGAUGCCGCUAAAGCACAGGAAGAGAUGAAUGGGAAAACUAUUGGUAAAAUGGAUCGCACUUUGAAAGUUUUAGUGGCUGCCAAUCGAAACCAAGGAUCCAAUAAAUCCGAAAAUGAACAAGAAAAGUAUGUGCGUCUCUUCAUUGUUAUUUCAAAAUCAGCAACAGAAGAAGAAAUUAGAAAUGAAUUCUCCCAAUGGGGCGAUGUGGAAAAUGUGACUAUUGUCAAAGAUAAAUCGACUGGAUCACCCAAAGGAUUUGGCUAUGUUCGAUUUACAAAGUUUUAUCAUGCAGCUGUAGCUUUUGAAAAUUGCUCACCCAAAUAUAAAGCUGUUUUCGCAGAACCAAAAGGAUCUACACGAUCUCAGAGGGAUCAAUAUGGACGACAAGCGGACGAUAACCCUAUUAUGAGCUCUGGUCGCAGUGGCGGCGGCGGUGGUGGUAGUACUACUAUUGGUGGCGGUGGUUCAUACAACAAUGGAAACUUCAACAAUGAUUGGAAUUGCUCUUUCAAUAGUGAUAUGGCAGCAUUUCUUCGUAUGCAGAAUGUACCAGUGCCACAACCAACUUGUUUGGAAGUCAUUGCCAGCAAUUGUGUCAAUCAAGAUCAGUUAUGGCGAUUAUUUGAUAUUAUUCCCGGCCUAGAUUAUUGCCAAAUAACAAGAGAAUACGGGCCAAGAACUAAUGAAGCGAUUGUUGUUUACGAUAAUCCUGAAGCGGCUAUUUAUGCUAAAGAUAAAUUGCAUGGUUUGGAAUAUCCGAUGGGAGAGCGAAUCAUAGUCAAAGUAGCUGGCAUGAGUUCGGCUCGUAUGGAUACAUCCUUUAUCGAUAAACGUACUAAGAAGGAUUCGAUAUGCAAUGUACCAUUGCCUCCUGCUCAGCCAAUGGUAUCACCCGAUACGCAAGUUGCCCAACGGUUGUUUAUCGUUUUAGCAGCGAAUCUUCCCCAGUCUAUCUUGAAAAAUGUGUUUUCCUGCUGGAAAGGAUUAAUCGACGUAUACCUUCUGCCGAAUAAAAAUUGUGGCUAUGUUAAGUACGCAGAUCGAGACAGUGCACAAAAGGCUAUACAGACGUUAAACGGUGCUGAAAUUUGUGGCACCAAAAUUAAGGUAAUGGAAGCCGAAGAGCGUGGUAAUGGUGACGGCGAUGAUAAUAAUAGGAAACGGCUUAGAAGAAAUUAAGCACAUACAUAAAGCAAACCAAAUUAAAACCAUAACAGUAACGUUCCAUUACUUAAUAUAAAACAAGAAAUAAAAUGAAACUAACUGACUGCAGAAAACAUUUACGGAAACUAAACGCAAACGGAGUUUAAACGGAAACUGGUAGAUACAGUAUGUACGGAUGAUUAUACAGAGCUAGUGGUGUAAGCAUAUACAUAAGAAUAUGUAAAAUGCUUCUGCAAUGAACUAAAACCACCAAACGAAACGACUCAGACCUUCACAAUCACUAUGUUUGUCACUGUCAUAAUCAUCAAAAUCUGAAGCCACAGAAUGCCACUUGUAGACAAAAUGACCAAUUUGAGACCAAAAGAUACCCAGAAACCACACAUGAGUCAAAAAUGUUAACGAUGCGCAACGGACACUCUCAAAGAGCUACAGUACUGAAAACAACAACAACAAACAAAUUGAUAUUACAAAUGUUAAUUUGAGCAGAGUUUUUUAAUAGAACAAAAAAAAAAUGUGUUAAACGAAAUUAACGAAAUAUUAAACUGAACUAAAACCCAUAUGGACAAAAUAAUACACGCCUCAUCACGAUGCAAGAACCGAAUUAACUUUACCAAAAUAAACUUAAUACUCCCUUCAAUUUGCAUAUACUUCAAAUUAGAAACUUU